AUGAAUCACUUUGAGCCCAACACUUCCCUUAACCUAAGCUUAUCAUCACCUGCGAAAAUACAGAUGAUAAACCUAGGGCACUCAUCCUCUCGAUCGCCGCCGUUGCGAGUUUUCUCGUGCAACUACUGCAAGCGGAAGUUCUACAGCUCGCAAGCUCUCGGAGGGCACCAAAAUGCCCACAAAUUGGAGAGAACCCUAGCCAAGAAGACCCGCGAGUUUCGACCGCACUCCUGUCUGGUCCGGGUCAGCGAGCCGGUUUUCGAGAAGAGGGAUGUGAGUGGUUAUGGGUCUAGAGGGUAUAUCGAGGGUCAGGAUGAAAUUAGCCAGCUCGAUUUAUCUUUGAGGCUUUGA